UGUGCAAAAUAUAUGUGUGGGGCGAUGGGGUAUUAUAAUGCUGGCAUUCCUAAGAUGCAAAUUUAAUCUAAAGAAAAGUGUGCUUUGUUUUUAAGUAUUGUGUGUGUGUGUGGCGUUAUAAUUCAGGCAAAUGAGAAGGUUAUGGGCAUAAGAAGUGUUUGUGCAUACCGGUACCCUUUAUUAGGGUAUGCAGGCCAUUCUUUCAUAAAUUGCAAAUCUGUGAAAACCAUUUCUUAGCAAGCACCUAAGAGGCUAAAGGAACUUAAAUAAAUCAAUGGGAUUUUGCACUUGUAAAUUCUUCCAAAGGCAUGUAUCUUAAAUAGCCUCAUGACUAGACCAACUCACCGUCUUUAUAUGUGACUCAGAUAUUGGGUCUUUCGAAAAACUGACAGGAGAAGUGACAAAGGCGAGUAAGCUUCAGGCUAACCACCUAUUAGAAGAAAGCUCUGAAUUCAAACCUCUGCUGUCAUACUUAAACAUGGGAAAGGCGACCCUUGGGCAGCUUGAAGCACUCAGUGCUUCACCCUGGCAGAACCUGUGCUGCUGAUCUCAAACUGUAUCAGCACUUGCUGUGUGAGAUCUAGCCUGAUAAAUAGAAUGGAGACAUUUGACAAUAGUUCUUCAGUGAAUAUUAAUUCAAGUACAGACACAAGCAGACUUAUUAAAGAACUUGAAGAACUGGCAGUAAAGGAAGAGUCUGGUGAAUUAAGUGUAAAGAACAGCUACAAGUUUGAUGGAAAUAAAAUGCCUUUGUCAGAAGGAAUUGGAGAUUCUGAAACAUUGUCUCAAGCAUUGAAAACUGUUGUUGGUGGUAAUAGAUUGCCGCAGAUUAUAAAUCUUGCUGACAAUGAUGAUAAGACAAGUGUUAGCGUUUAUAAUCCAGAAGUUGAAGUAUAUGUAGCCCCUAAUACUGCUAGCUUUGUAGAAAAAUCAUCUGGUAGUAAUAAGGUUAAAAUUACACCAGUUGUAAAUCAUGUAUGGGAAAUGAGAUAUUACCAUGGCAACUUAGUGGCAGUUCAUAGAGAUUCCAUAUUUGUUGCAUAUGUUUUAAAAGGCAAACCACCAAAUAUUGGAAAUGUUCGUGUGAUUUCUCGUAAGACUGCCCAUAGAGUCCUUUUGAAGGAUUUCCAAGGUUGUGUUAUGGAUAUAGCUUUUGCCUUAUCAGAUGAUGUUAUUUUAGCAGCAGCAGAUGAGGAAGGAAAUUUAUUUGUUUAUUCUAUAAUAAUGAAUGGAGACAGCAUAUUAUCAAAUUUAAUCCUUCAUAUUAAUGGCCAUGAGUCAAGCUAUAGAAGUCUUAUCCGAGUUAUUUGGUGCCCAUACAUGCCUGAGGAUGAUGCAGAGCACGAAAGCUUAGAUCCAGCUAAGAUGCUAGUUUAUCUACAUGGAACACAGGCUGAAGUAUGGAAUGUCGAUCUUGUUUCAAAAGGACAAGGCUGUGGGCCUCACUCUUACAAGGAUGUUCUCUCUGGUGUCAUGUGUGUGGACCCUUAUGAGCCAAUGAUGUCUGUUGUAAAUGCAGCCUUUGCUCCAGAUGGUUCUGCAAUUGCUGUAGCUUAUGAAUCUGGAAUAGUCAAGUUUUUCUUAGUGGAGCUUGAAGGAGAUUGCCCGGAAGCAGAAUGUAUGUAUGAUUGGAAUCCCCAUGAUGGAGCUCCUUUAACCAGUCUUUUCUUUCUUGAUGAUCACAAGCAUCCUGUCUCUGACCUACAGUUGUGGAAGUUUGCUUUGACCGGUGCUAAACAAAAUACAGAAAUUAAAUUAUGGAGUUGUGAAACAUGGGCUUGUGUUCAAACUUUAAAGUUCAACGCUCCACUGAGUCAGCCAAAUGUAUUGCUACAGAUGAAAUCUGAAAUAGAUCUGACAUCCAAGUAUCUAGCAUUAUCUGAUAUUCACUCUCGGGUUUUAUACAUUCUACAAAUUCAUCAAGACUAUAGGAGCAGUACAGCUCAUGUCAGCUCUCUAUCACAGUUCACUCUCACACAGCCUUGUCUUAGUUUUGCAAUUUUUGAAGCAGGCUUAAAAAAAUUUAAACAUGCCGAGAAUGAUUCUCAUUUAGAUGAAAUUACUACUGGAGAACUUGGAGAAAUUCAUGAAGAAACUGAUGCCCAUAAUGGAAGAGAGAAUGCUAUUAUAGAUGGAGAAUUAAGUUCUGGUGUCCAAUUAAAAAUGUUUGGUGUUCACACCAAAGCUCUUCAAGAAUUGCUGAUAAGAUAUCGUCCUGAAUCAAGUGCUCCAGUAGCUCAUUCUGCUAGUGUUGGUUCAAUAUCUCUUGAUGAAUUGGGUCUUAGGGACAGACUUUCAGAUGUAAGCAUAGAUCAAAGUGAACAUAUUCAAAAUUUCACACCUAUUUCUCAUCCUCCAGCAUUGAUGACACCACAAGCAUUUUCUUCUUCAAGAGGAAAUUCUUUAGUUGAAGGAAGUUCACAGCUAUGUUUAUCUAGCACCAGUAGUUUUACUAAUGUAACUGCAAUGAAUGAAGAAAUAGAGGCUCAUUCCAACCAUGGUUCUUUGGAUCAGUCUCUUAUGUUAGUUUCAAGCACAACUCAGAGUCCUCAAAACAGACCAACACCUAAAGGAAAUCUAGAAGCACCUAUUCUUCCAUCAUCAUCUGUGGAGGGAACUGAAUUAAACUCACCAAUUAACAGCAGAAUUAAAUCCAGUCAACCUUUAAAUACUUCACGAUCUAAUGAGGACAUCCUAGAGGAUUUAUUCUCUUCCACUCAAUCACUUAACAAAUCCUUAGAUAAAGCUUCAAGCACUGGAUCAUUUCCUGUUGGAAGAUUAAUGGAGGAAACACAACAGGAAGAAGGAUAUGAUGAAGAUGACAAAGAAGUAGCUACAGCACUAGGACUUAAAGAAGUUGAGAAGGAUGGUCUUACUGAGAGACCAUCAGAUGAAUAUGAGGAUAAAAAUGAAGUGAUUUGGCCAGAUCCCCCAGAUGUUUCAAAGGAAACAAAGCUUUUGGUGAAUCAACAUAGUAUUUGUGAAGAUUUUAAAGAGCCUGAAUUUUCUGAUGAAAAUGAUGAGGCUGAAGUUGAGGAAAUUAUUCAAAGUCAUGUUGAGGAUAAUGAGACUCGUUCUGUUGACAAUGAUUUUUCAAGCAGAACAAAAAGACUUGAUUCAGGGCAGACUCGUGUGCUGACAAGUAUUGAUGCUAGUAUAGCUAAUUUAGCUUCACAGCUUCAUCAACAGCAGAAAUUAAUGCAAGAAAUGCAAGCAGAACUUAAUCAUCAAAGAGAAAUUCAGCUUCAACUUCAUCGACACCAAAUGGAACAUCAGCAGCUUCAGCAGAUAACUGUACAACAACCUUCUCUUGAAAAAGAUAUAAACAAAUUAGAAGACAUCCUUAUAUCACGUAUGGAGCAUUCUUUGGCACAGCAUAUGCAAAAAGAAACUCAAAGAUUACAAGAAAGUUUAAAGAAAAGUGAUUCCAUAAGAAAACAGAGAGAUGAAUCCCUUCAGACUAGUGUUGUUACUGAAGUGUCUAAAACAGUCAAAGAUACUGUGACAAAUACAUUACGUACUGAAAUCAAGCAAACAGUUACACCUGCAUUGCAUCGUUUUAUUGAACCAAUGAAAGACAAGAUACAUCAAGAGGUGGCCCACAGGCUCACUGCCUGUGAUACAUUACUGAAAGAAAAUAUUAGCAAAGCUGUUAAAUCUAGAUCCACUAUGGAUGUACUGGCCCAUGCUGUGGGUGAUGUCGUAUAUCAACAAAUGCAACAAGCAUAUACUGAAACAUUCAAAAUUGUUAUGCUCCCUGCUUUUAAAAGUACAAUGGAAAAGACAGUCAGUGAUGUGCAUGGUGUUUUUCAACAGGGAACAAAAGAAUAUCAGUUAUACAUUCGUCAAAAUUUGGAUCAAAUGCUACGUGACCGCGUGGCAGCACAAGAAAUUGUCUCUAGAAUGGAAGCAGUAGAGCAGCAGUUUAUUCAUAGUGUUGGACAAAUGAAAAAUGUCCUGGUUAAUAGCAUCAGGGAUGAUCUUGCCGGACAAGUAGCCCAAGCGUUUAAUAGCCUUAAAGAUGAACUUUUGAAGGAUAUAACAAAAAUUGUUAAGGAAGAACUUGGGCAAUCAAUAACUGAGCAUGGAUCACACAUCAGUAAUCAACUGACUACAUUACUUCGAUCAGGUGCUGCAACGCCUGUUCCUUUAUCAUUAGAUGAAGAUAACAGCAAAGACAGAAUAAUGAGAGAAUUAAGGAAUGGUAGAAUCAAUGAAGCAUUUCAGUGUGCAUUAUCUGCUAGUAACCUGGAUUUAGUUGUGUAUACAUGUGAAGCAGCAAAACAUUUAGAGAUAUUUGCCAACAAAUAUUGCCCCUUAACACAGCCAGUUCUUUUGUCAUUAAUAAGUCAACUGUCUGCCCAUUUGGAGAAAAAUUUUGAACUUAAACUGAAAUAUUUGGAGGAUGCUGUAAUCAAUCUUGACCCAGAGCAACCAAUGACAGCAGAACAUAUUCCUAAUGUACUAGGUGCUCUUGUGCAGCGGUUACAAGUGACUGAUGCUCAUGGAGGAGAUGCAAAAAAGAUCAGAGCUAUUAGAAUGAUAGUUAUGGCAGCCAAAUCUUUACUUUCCUGAUAAAUCUUUGUUUGUUUUUUUUUUUUUGUGAACAAUAUUAGUUUUUUAACUGGUUCUUUGUUUACUGAUAUAAUGCUUCAAUAAAAUUAAGUGUCAUUUAUGUUGAAUUCAAUUUAUUGUAUUAAAUCCCAAUUUUGUAAACAAUGAUAAUUAGCUAUUCUAAGUAGUUAACUGCAAUAUUAACAGAAAAUAAACCAUUUCAACAAGGAAAAAAUGUCA